UGAUGGUACCAUAGACUUUGUUAUAACAAUGACAGUAUUCUGCAUGGCUUUUGUCAUUUUUGAAUUGUUCAUGAUUUAUUGGUUCGCUCAAGGAGUUGUUGAUGAGAGUAUAAACGUCGGUACGUGUAUCGGUCUAUCAAAUUGGUAUGAGGCGGACGUGAAGACCCUUAAAAUGUUGCAGUUAAUGAUGAUUCGUUCAAGCCGUCGCCUCGCUCUGAGGGUAGGGCCCUUUUACGACAUGGAGUUGGAUGUUUUUCUGAAAAUUUGUAAAAUGAUGUAUACUGUGGUGACAGUAUUCAAGAGGAAUCUGUGAGAUAUA